GCGACCAGCAUUUUUCCAAAUAAAACAAUACGAUACCUCACCAUGGUCGAUUAAAAAAGAUAAACAAUAUUCAAAUAUUAUUCAACAAUUCGACAGACGUUUACCGAUCGGGAAAUUAUAAUUUUUUGGCGGCGAAAUUAUAAAUUGAAUUGAAUGGGGACGAAAAUGCGGGACAAAUGGGCACGUUGUGUUGUGUUUGGCUGGUGCUUCCUGGGAGUCACUUGUUUCCCUGCAGGAAAAGAAAAUCCGUCUCCACGUCAAAUUUCCUCAGACAGCGUGCUUCAGUUUAUGAAAAAAUACGGCUAUAUUGUGGACGACGGCGGACAAUCGGAAGCGCUUUACACCGAAGAAAGUAUAUCGAAUGUGAUCAAAACCGUUCAACGAUACGGGGCUAUCAAAGAAAGCGGCAUUAUCGACAAUGAUACCCUAAAGCUUAUGGCAUCCCCAAGAUGUGGGGUCCCGGACGUGAUAAAAAGCAAUAGACAGAAAAGAUUUGCCACCAUGGAUGGAUGGAAUAAAAGAAAUAUCACGUAUUAUAUAGCCAAUUGGACUCCGAGACUAACUGAAUCUGCAAUCGCGAAGAAUAUCCAAAAAGCUUUGGACAUCUGGGGACAAUACGGCCGACUCACAUUUAGCAAAUCAUUUCACCAGGACGCCGAUAUUAUCGUAGCCUUUGGAAGAGGAUAUCAUGGAGACAGGUAUCCUUUCGACGGCCCAGGAAAUGUUCUAGCUCACGCUUUCUUUCCAUACGACCGUGAAGGUACCGGCCUGGGUGGCGACAUCCACUUUGACGAUGACGAAAGCUGGACGGAUAGAGAUCAAGCGGAUUCGGAUCGCGGAACAGACUUUUUUACAGUCGCUCUCCACGAGUUGGGUCAUUCACUCGGGCUGGCGCAUUCCACAGUAGCGACCUCUAUAAUGUUUCCUUAUUAUAGAGGUUAUGACCCGAGUGCUCAGUACCAGCUUGACUAUGACGAUAUUUUGGCUAUGUAUAAUUUAUACAUACAAAGGCGAUUGAAAGAAGAUGACGACAGAAUAUUACACAACACAGAUACGUCGUCUACAACAAACGUGAUAACUUCAACCAGACCACCGAUUACGCAUGAGCCGAAGCUGCCUACGAAACCAAGGAGAAAGUUUCACCACCAUCAUCCUAGGAGAGGCGGAACAUCUAUUUCAACUAAGAAUCCAUGGACAUCCGAAAGUACCCAUACCGCGUUUCCAACCGAUUAUCCGGAGACAACCGUAUCCUAUGAAGGUGAUUUCGAAUCAGUAGACGACCACAAGUCUCACGAUGGGAAGCAUCAUGUGCCCAGCACCAAUUCUCCUAGCUUACCUCACGUGUGCGAUGGGCAUUUUGAUGCGGUGGCCACGCUCAGGAACGAACUGUUUGUUUUCAAAGAUCAGUAUGUCUGGAGGUUCAAAGAUAUGGGGCAGUUAGUUGAUGGAUAUCCAGUUCCGCUGAGACAAAUGUUUCCUAAACUACCAAAAAGUGUUCGCAAAAUAGACGCCGUUUAUCAGAGGCCUAGUGGCGAUAUAAUCCUCUUCGUCGGCAAGGAUGUAUGGAUCUACGACGGCACAAGAUUCGUGGACAGCCCUCAAACUUUAUCUUACUUUGGAUUGCCAGAUUAUCUGGAUGGUAUCGAUGCAGUGCAAACAUGGGCUAGAAAUGGUAAAACGUAUUUCUAUAAGAAAGAGAGAUUUUGGAGGUACAAUGAAACCUCGCAGACUAUGGAUUCCGGAUACCCGUUGCAUAUAAACAGAUGGAGAGGUGUGCCGGAAAAUUUAGAUGCUGCUACCACUUGGAAAGAUGAGAAGACUUAUUUCUUCAAAGGAGAUCUGUUUUGGAAAUUUGAUAACGAAUGGAUUACUAUCACCGAAAACUCACCGCUUCCAAUUGCUCCACUUUGGGUAGGUUGCAGGGAAGAUGCCGAGAAAAUGCGACAACUUUUUGGAUAAAACAUGUGUUUAGGAAUCUUGGGGUUAGUGUUAUGCUGCCAAAUAAAUCGCUUAUAAUUGUCUUAAUUAGUGUUCUAAAAUAAUAUCCAUAGUAGCACAAAAUAAAUAUC